CGGCGGGGAAGGCGGGUGCCGCAGGCUUUCCCGGUAACGUGAAGUGCUCACGGCUGGCCCCGGCAGCAUGAAGCCCAGGCCUGCGGUGUUCGUAGACGGGAGGCUGAAGCAGCGGGUCAUUCAGUACCUUGCCAGUAAUAGAUGUGGCAAAUAUGUAGACACUGGAAUCUUAGCAUCUGACUUGCAGAGAAUGUACAGUGUAGAUUAUGGCCGAAGAAAAAGAAAUGCUUUUAGGAUUCAAGUAGAAAAAGUAUUUAACGUAAUUAGUAGUGAGAAAGAACUGAAGAAUCUUAAGGAAUUAGAAGAUGAACAUCUGGCAAAAAGAGCAAGAAGAGACGAAGACGAUGAGUACACUGAAAGCUAUUCUGAUGAUGAUUCAAACAUGGAAGAUUACCCAGAUCCACAGUCAGCAAAUCACAUGAACAGUUCCCUGCUGUCUUUGUAUCGGAAAGGAAACCCUGAUUCUGUUCCCAACACUCCGAAGGUGGAACAGAGAGAAGCCACCACUUCAGUGCCAUUACUGACUUCUAAAACGGGCUCCAUGCCAUUGAAGACCCCUGCCAGAGAAUCUGAGGGAGGAUGGUUUAUUGACAAAACCCCAGGUGGAAAGAAAGAAAGCCUUCCUUCAGACCUAUCAGAUGACCAAAGCAACUAUAAAAAGCCAGAUUCUGAGGUACAGAAUUUAAAAGAUUCUUCUCUUCUGGAAAGUGAUAAGAAAAGGAAAGGUAGGCCAAAGAGCAAAGGAAACAAAAGAAAGACAGAGGAUCUUCAAGAAGUAGAUGGAGAAAUAGAAGCUAGUCUGCAAAAGAAAGCCAAAGCAAGGCGUAUAGAGUUGCAGAUUUCCAGUGUGAAGUUUGAAGAUGUUGGAGGCAAUGAUGCAACAUUAAAAGAAGUAUGCAAGAUGCUCAUCCACAUGCGUCACCCAGAGGUAUACCACCACCUUGGUGUAGUGCCCCCUCGUGGAGUUCUCUUGCAUGGGCCGCCAGGCUGUGGGAAGACAUUACUUGCACAUGCAAUUGCUGGGGAACUUGAUUUGCCAAUUCUGAAAGUGGCUGCACCAGAGAUUGUGUCGGGAGUUUCUGGAGAGUCUGAGCAAAAGCUCAGAGAUUUAUUUGACCAAGCUGUGUCAAAUGCACCCUGUAUCGUUUUCAUUGAUGAAAUUGAUGCUAUUACCCCCAGAAGAGAAGUUGCUUCAAAAGAUAUGGAACGAAGAAUUGUAGCCCAGCUUCUAACCUGCAUGGAUGAUCUGAACAACAUGGCAGCUACAGCUCGAGUCCUAGUUGUUGGAGCUACUAACCGACCGGACUCAUUGGAUCCUGCCUUGAGACGUGCAGGAAGGUUUGACCGAGAAGUGUGCCUGGGUAUCCCUGAUGAGGCUGCCAGAGAAAGAAUACUUCGAACUUUGUGCCGAAAACUGAGACUUCCGGAACCUUUUAAUUUUUGUCACUUAGCACACCUAACUCCGGGCUUUGUCGGUGCUGAUCUGAUGGCACUUUGCCGAGAGGCAGCCAUGUGUGCAGUCAAUAGGGUCUUGAUGAAGCAGCAGGAGCAGCAGAAGAGUCCUGAGAUGGAAGCUUUGCCCUCUGAGGGAGCCCAGGAGGAGAGGCUGGGGGCCGAGCCCACUUCUGGAACCCAGGAUGAAUUGCAAAGGCUGUUGAGGUUGCUAAGAGACCAAGAUCCCCUCUCACAAGAACAGAUGCAAGGACUAUGCAUUGAAUUAAAUGAUUUCAUUGUUGCUCUAGCGGAAGUCCAGCCUUCUGCCAAAAGGGAAGGCUUUGUAACUGUCCCUAAUGUGACAUGGGCCGAUAUUGGUGCCCUGGAAGAUAUUAGAGAAGAGCUCAUAAUGGCAAUAUUGGCACCGGUACGUAACCCAGACCAGUUCAGAACUCUUGGUUUGGUGACUCCAGCUGGCAUCCUCCUAGCUGGUCCUCCUGGAUGUGGGAAAACUCUGCUAGCGAAGGCUGUGGCAAAUGAGUCUGGACUAAAUUUUAUAUCCGUCAAAGGCCCUGAAUUAUUAAAUAUGUAUGUUGGGGAGAGUGAACGUGCUGUGCGGCAGGUUUUUCAACGAGCCAAGAACUCAGCACCCUGUGUGAUAUUUUUUGAUGAAGUGGAUGCUUUAUGUCCUCGAAGAUCAGACCGAGAAGCAGGUGCUAGUGUCCGUGUGGUGAAUCAGCUGCUUACGGAGAUGGAUGGGUUGGAAACACGUCAGCAAGUUUUUAUUUUGGCUGCCACUAAUAGGCCAGAUAUCAUUGACCCUGCCAUUCUGCGGCCAGGCCGGCUGGACAAAACACUCUUUGUAGGUUUGCCACCCCCGGCAGACCGUGUUGCCAUAUUGAAGACUAUCACAAAAAAUGGCACCAAACCUCCACUGGAUGAAGAUGUAAAUUUGGAAGCAAUUGGCAAUGACCUUCGUUGUAAUUGCUAUACGGGUGCAGACCUCUCUGCUUUGGUCCGAGAAGCUUCCCUCUGUGCCCUGAGACAAGAAAUAACAGGACAGAAGAGUGCAGUUGGAAUAGGUGAGCUCAAGGUCAGCCAUAAGCAUUUUGAAGACGCUUUCAGGAAAGUAAAACCAUCUAUAUCAGUAAAGGAUCAAAAGAUGUAUGAAGCUCUGCAGAGGUCCCUCAGUCAGUGACAUUUGCAGUACCUGGCAUGGAGGUGUCUAGUGCAUGGAACUCACCAAGAAUCACACUUGCUCUGAAGGGUCUACUUUCAGCCUGAUGCAGAUGACUUCAUAGUAAGCAUUUUAUUUUCAAAUUAUUGAGGCCCAACUGGAGAAGAUGAUGUUUCCCAUCUGGCCAGCCUUGUUGGGAAAACUCCCUACCUCCUCUCUAAGAAAAAGAAAGAAAAAAGGACUGAUAAAGUAAAGUCUUAUUCAAAUAAAAUUUUAUUUUUAACUA